UAUUUGAAGAUAUUCCAAAAUGUCCCACUUUUUUUAGGUCUAGCCUUGGUUUUAUUCUCUGAUGCAGCUUCUUCUCACAGAAUGAAAUUACAUACAGAGACUUUUCUGUUGUCCUUUUUGUUCCCAUUUCAACGUUGGCAUUGAAUUUGCUUCAAAACCAUCCAUGGCGUUGACUCGCAUGUCAGACUGCUUCCCGAUAUACGAGGGAACCCUGCUGGCCUCCUGCUACGAGGUGCAAGCCUUUCUGGGGGAGGGUUGCUUUGGAAAGGUGGCCAAGUGUGUGGACAUUGCAACUGACGCAAAGGUGGCCAUCAAAAUAACCAAAGACAAGCCCUUUUUGGCUGAGCGAGCACUGGAAGAGAUUAAAAUUCUCCAACAGCUGCAGACUCUGGAUCCGGACAGAUGUAAUCUGGUGAGAUGGAACGGCUCAUUCUUCCAUGAAAGGUUCAUUUGUUUGGAGUUCGAGCUCCUGGACCAGAGUCUGCGUGAAUACACACAACAGAGAGGUCAUGCUCUGUCUAUAGGUGAGAUCCGCCCAGUUAUUCACCAGCUGACCACAGCACUGCUCCACCUCGAGGCCCUGAAAAUCAUACACGCUGAUUUAAAGCCUGACAAUAUAAUGGUCGUGGACCGCAGGCAGCAGCCGCUGCAUGUCAAGCUCAUUGACUUUGGCCUGGCUCGCUACGUGUCCGAUGUUGUUCCAGGCUCACGUGUGCAGAGUCUGUGCUACAGGGCACCGGAGGUCAUACUGGGUCAGGCCUUCAUGGAGCCGAUAGACAUGUGGUCUCUCGGUCUGGUGGCUGCAGAACUUGCUCUGGGCUACCUGCUUUUUCCUGGCUACCACGAAUAUGAUCAGAUGAAAUUCAUCGUGGACACGUUGGGUCAGCCACCAGAUUAUCUGAUGAUCUGUGGACAAAAAACCACCUGCUUCUUUUACAGUCAGAGCAGAUAUAACCAGAGGACCUGGAGACUUAAGUCUCCUGAGGAGUUUGCCAGACAGACUGGGCAUCGUUUCAGAGACACAAGACAUUUUCGCCUCAGCUCUCUGAAUGCCUUGAGGGAGAUGAUGCCUUUUAGAAACGAGGCCGAGAAGAAGAAGCUGCGAAACUUUGUGAACCUCUUAAAAAAGAUGCUGCUGGUGGACAAACACGGGCGAAUAAUUCCCCUCAGAGUGCUGGAGCAUCCGUUCUUCUCUGUCGAGCAGCACACUGACAGCAGCCAAAACAUGAACAUUAAAAAACAGUUGGCAUGAAGGAAGCUGAGCCAAGCGUCACUCAGCAGCCUUCCUCACAGAAGAAGAGCGUCCACGGUUUUGAACUUUGCAAUGUUGUAUUCAAGCCGCGACUCCUCAAUAAAACAAUUGAAUGACUUCAAAAA